UUAGCUCUAGCUCUCUAGUUUCUACACCUUCUUCAGAAUAUAGACAAUCAUUAGAUGAAUCGAGUGAAUCAGAUUCUCUUGAUGAAAAGAUUGAGAAUCAUGUCAUCACACUUGAUAAUAUUGAAUUGGAAAUGAAACACUCCUCGAGUACAUCCUCAGUAUCUACCCUUUCGAAUAUGCAAUCUGGUUACGUUCCACCAAAGGAAGGCGAAUUGAUUCCACUUUUGGAUGAGAUGAGUCCUUAUGUGACUCCUAAGGAUCAUCAACUUGCUUUGAAUUUAUAUGAUUCCUUCUUGAAUCAUCCACAGGAAUGGAACACUCUCGAUGAUAAGGUAGGAAUGAGAACUGCCUCCAGUAAGCAAAUCUAUUCUUUCAAUCCUUCAAAGAAGAAUCCAUCUGAAAGUAGACCAAGAUUUAUAAUAGGUAUUUCUGGAAUUGUUCCAGGAACUCCAACAGAAUGGAUUAAUUUAAUGUACACAGACAAGGUCAAGAAUAAGAUUUGUAAACAUUUUUCACAAAGAUUCCAAGUUGAGUACAAAUCCAUUGAUGAACAACAAGGUAUUCAUUAUCCAAAUUCAAUCAUUUACAUGGAAGCUCCACUCCCAUUCCCAAUGACCAAUAGAGAUUUCCUCGUAUCUAAAACCAUUAUUCCAGAUAAGUAUGAUCCAUCGACAGGCGAAUAUGGACGAUACAUUAUGAUUCAAAAACCAUCUUACCAUCACGAGUUCCCUCCGGUUGCCAAGUCAGCAGUCAGAGCUAACCAUACCAUUGUGUACAUAGUCGAAAAGAAAGGAAAUGCUAGUGUUAGAUAUACUUGUUUGGAAACUGGUGACAUGUUGGGUAAUAUUCCUGCCAAGAUUACUGCUCAAUUUUUCAAAAGCACUGCCAAAGUCAUGCACAAAAAAAUCAGAAAGGUCUGUUCGAGUGCCUACGAAUCACACGUGCAGAAA